AACACUUGGGACAACACAGGAAACUAGCCUGCAGCUAGCAACGGACGCACGAUUACUGUCGCAAUACAAAUAUAAGUAGGCCUAGUGACAUAUGCCUCUAAUUUACCUUCAGAAAUUACUGUACAGCCAGGAAUACUGUUUGAGGAUUUCCGUUGAUGUUUGUCGGAAGCGAAGAAUAAGAAUUGCCAGCUGCCAUGAGCAGGCAUCUCAAAAGGAAAUGUAAGGACAGUGAUGAGGACCAGAGCUACUCCUCUUCCUCCUCACGUUCCUCAUCCUCAUCCUCUCCCAGUGUCUCCAAAUGGGACUCAGAGGAGGAGAACUACCAGGGUGAAUCCCCAGACUGGAGUCCCAUUUACCCACCGCCUCACCCCAAGCUCUCCUAUUCCUCAAUUCUGAAGAGGACCAAGACAGCCAGGAUGAAGGGCAACGUGCGCUUUGACUCGGUGACCGUGUUCCUCUUCCAGAGGUGCCAGGGCUUCACCAGCGUGCCCAGCCAUGGCGGCUGCAGUCUGGGCAUGGUGAGGCGGCACUUGUCGUGCCAGCGCUACAGCCUGGCAGAGCACCGGGCAGAGCAGAGACGCCAGCGGCGGGAGAAGCUCCAAGACAGGCUGAGGGAGGAGAGGUUAGAGGCCCUCAAGCAGACGCUGCUGAGCAAUGGAACUCUAACAACGGAGGAUGCAGAGAGACUGACAAUGGAGGACAUUACAGAGGAGGAGCUGGCUCUAAAACGUGUGGAUGAGGAGGAGGAGGAGGAUGAAGAGGAAGGCUAUUUGCCACACUCGUACUCCUCUAAGCAGAGGCGGAGGCUGCUGCAGCGCGCCGGUGUGCUCUGCAUCGAGCGCGAGGAGAAGCGGCAGCUGCAAGAGCUGCGGCGCUGGCGAGAGGACUGCGGCUGCCACUGCCAGGGCUUCUGCGAGCCGCUCACCUGCGCCUGCAGCCUGGCGGGGAUCAAGUGCCAGAUGGACCGCUCCAGCUUCCCCUGUGGCUGCACCAAGGACAGCUGUGGGAACCCUGCUGGUCGCAUGGAGUUCAACGCCGGCCGGGUGCAGACGCACUACAUCCACACACUCAUGAAGCUGGAGCUGGAGAGACGACUGCGGGGGGCUGCGCUCCAAGGGCGGAGUCAGACUGGGAAGGAUGAGGAGGAGCAGGAGGGAAAGCCUGGGUCUCAGGACUGCUGCAGAGGCUCUUUUGAUGACACGUUGUCAUCGUUAGAAAUCUGCACAGCCCCAUACUCAGCUCCUCUCUUUCCUGCCCCUGCUUUCCUAUUUGGUGCCAAGCUGACCGCCGAGGGAGAGAACAGCUGCAGCAGCGACAUGACGGACUCCUCCUCCUGCUCCUCUGUCCAGAGUAAGGACUUGGACAAUGACCCUGGCCCUCAGUUCUGUCUCCCUCGACAGGGCACAGAUGACAGAGGACUAGCUCAUGUCUUGAGCUUUGGAGAGUCCGAUGAGGAGUUCUCUUUCAGCAGUGAUGAAAGUGACUGCUGUCUGCGUGCUCAGACUCAGCUGAAAGGGGUUGGCGGUUUUGGCAGCUUGUCCAUGUCAGUGUUCCUGGAUGAAAACGCUAAUCAAACCGGUGCCAUGUGUCCAUGUGAUGUGUUACCUGAUACCCCUAACACUCCCUCACCAUCUACUGAUGAGACAUCUCACAGCUACAUGGACCUCAGUCUGUCCUCAGACUCUGACCUGGACUUUUUCAACAGUCUGCAUGACUACCACUCUAGUCCAGUCCACAGCCAUCUCAAGGAGCACAGCUAUCUCAAUGAGAACGUUUUUUGCUUGGCCAAUGGCCCUAGCUUGCCCCAAGGGGAAGAUCUAGGCACUCAACUUCUAGAGUCACUAAUAGGAGUUGCAUAGUCUUGGCGGAUAGUUUGUAGCUACAUCAACCAACUACCUAACUAUCCUAUAAAGAGCAAUAUUUAUGGCAGAGAGUAUAUUAUCCCUUAAUAUAUUAUGUACAUAAUCAUAUAUUAUGUUAAUAUAUUAUAUUAAGGUGCUCAAUAUGUUUAAAGGAUAUUCCUUCACUUUUCAAAAUAAAAGGAUGUUUUAAUCCUGUCUUGUUAUAACAUUAGCACCAAUUUAUAGGCCUAAUGAUUACUUUUCACAUCAAGACAGUUCUAGUCUAUAUUGCUAUACCUUCCUAAUAUCCUUUUUUCAGUUUUAAUGAUGCACUGGCUGAAACUCAGGGACUUUUGCCAUUUCACACCUUGUUAUUGUGCAAAUGACAGACAUGACCAUCAAUCUGUUCAGUACUUGAGUCGACAUUUAUGGUACAGCAGUUGUAGUUACACAUUCUUCCUCUAAAGUUGGGUAGUGUUGGAAAACAGGCGCAUGCAUUUUCAGUUGUGAGGUCUAUGUUGUCUGUGUUGAGGCGUCCAUGCCUUCUUACAUGUACUGAGUUUAGUAUUACAGAAGGAGCAGCUCAGGCCAGAAAUUCGGGGCUGAUAGCCACGAAAUAGCGCGAUUAAAGUGAGAUUAAGCCCCAGAAGUGAUCAUUGGGACAGGAUUAGCCCUGGCUCACUCCUAUUCCCACGCCUUUGGCGCGACAGUAGGGAGCCCGCUAAUUAGUGUACCUUUAUUUUGCCAUUUCAUUCUAUGCUAUCUUUAUUAUGGUCUUAUUACAUAGGCUGAGCUUUCCAUUGACAUAUUUUGUGUGUGUUGCAUAUACUGUAUUUAUGAAAUUAUACUGGAAAUUAAUUGUUACUAUUGUAUCCAGUAUGCCUUAUUUUAUUUUAUGCAUCAAUGUGAAUUAUUCUUACUUCGCUGCCUGUGCAUAACAUGUUGCUUUUUUGUAAAAGAAAAACUUAAUUAAUAUGU